AUGACUUCGAACCUUUUGGGCAAGGUUUUAACCAUUACAGGAGGUGCAUCGGGAAUGAGUGCAGCGACUGCCAAGCUUCUCGCCCAGCGAUCAGCUGCAGCUAUUGCCAUUGCGGAUCUCCAGAAACAGAACCUUGCCUCCAUCAAGAGUGAAAUCGAAAUCAACUAUCCAAAAACCAAGGUGUUGACAACAAAAGUCGAUGUAUCGUCUUCUUCUGCAGUCAAAUCAUUGAUUCAGUCAGUCAUAACUACAUUUGGAACCAUCGAUGGAUGCGCCAAUGUAGCUGGCGUGCUCCAGGCCGUCGGAGCACGGAAGAACCCCACAAUCCUCGAAGAAACUGAUGAAACGUGGAAGAAGACGAUGAGUGUCAAUCUAGAUGGCAUUAUGUUUUGCACAAGGGAACAAGUUAGGGCCAUGGUGCCUAUUCCAAAGUCACCACGUGCAAUUGCCAACGUGUCCAGUUUGGCUUCUGUGAUGCAUUCUCCGGAUGCAUAUGCCUAUGCAAAGGAUGCCUCUUCUUUCGGUAUCAGAGUCAAUACUGUUUCUCCUAGUUCUACUAUGACGCCAAUGAUGAGGCAAUUCUUUGCUGCAGAUAUACAGGACCAAGCACUUGAGAACCUUGGGAUGGAACUUCUUGAGCCAGUGGAUAUUGCGCGAGCAAUGGUAUUCCUCUUGUCGGAGGAAUCCUCGAAGAUCACUGGUGUAAAUUGA